AUGGCUGAAGGUGAUACGGCCACUAUUCAGGUCUAUGAAGACACGUGUGGGCUAGAAAUUAAUGAUAUCAUAAUAAGGACGGGAGCUCCACUUUGUGUAGAAUUAGGACCUGGACCACUCGCUGCAAUUAGAAACCUAACCAAUUCGAUCUUUAUUCCCAAAGGCAUUAACAUUCAGAUAUCUCCAAGAGUUAAGGGUAAAGUCCUGGUGAUUAUACUGUCGAGGAUGUCAUUGCAGAAGUUGACAAUAAUGUUGGCCAGUAAGAACACCCAGACCAGUAAAGGAAAAACUUAA